AUGGCGAGCCGAGAGCGGAGAUGUCGUCCUUUACCACCAUCGCCGCCGACCAGUACCGUAGUGGAGCCACGUUCUCUGGAGAUGCCGAAGCUGCCACCGCAGAUCCGACAUCAUCACCGCCGGGACAUCCGAGAUCCAAGCCGAGAAGAUCAAGGUGACAUCAUGUUGCCUUGCGCUCCAAGCAAACUCAUCUCCAUUCCCACCGAUAUCACCAUCUUCACCACCAUGGUUGGAGCAUCACCGGAGGUCACAUUCAUCAUCAUCGGAGAUUCCGAUCUGCACAGUGGAGCCAAGCCGUGA